AUGGCUGCCCCCUGGAGAAGCGCACUGCUGCUGCUGCUGCUGCUGCUGCUGCUGCUGCUGGCCUCACAGGCCUUAACCCAGGCUGGCCGCCUGAAGGAAGAUGCGGAGGUUCCCGCCGGUUGGCUGUUGCUGUACAUUGUCCGGGGCCGCGUAGAGGCUGGGAGCUACAACUACCACAAGCUGAACCGCGAGGGCAGGAUUGUCCUCCGCAUGAGGAGCCUGAAAGGAGACGCAGACCUGUACGUGUCCGACAGCACCCUCCACCCGACCUUUGACGACUACAAGCUUCAGUCAGUCACUUGCGGCCAGGAUGGCUUGUGGAUCCCGGCCAGCUUCCGACGCCCCGUGGGGAUCGGCAUCUAUGGACACCCAUCCCAUCAGGAGAGCGAGUUUGAGAUGAAGGUGUAUUACGUCAGGACCUGGGAGCAGCGCUCGUCUGGCGAGGUCGUGUUUGUGGAGGAGAGCACGAAGCCUGGCAAGAAGCAGGGAGACGAGUCCAAGGAUGCGUCUAUGGAGGACGAGUUCCUGUUUUGGAUCCUCCUGAUCAGCAUUUUGAAAAUGGUCCUGCUGCUUCUAUACUGACUCCUGCCCCAGGCCGAGCCUCACGCGCGGGAACCUUGAAGCAUGAGCCUUCUGCCGCAGCUGCCUCUUGUGAUAAAGGAUGGGACACAAAGCCUUACAGGACCUCAGUUACCCUCAACGGAACAGGCUGUACAACAUGUUCAUGCACCUGGUUUACGUGACUGCAGGAACUAAAUGAAACUGUACAGCCUUUCACACAGAUAACAUACA